AUGUCUUUGAAUGCCGGCACGGAACUCCUCGAACCGAAUGUCACACCCAAUCGAUUGAUCGAGAACUUGCAACGUCAGGCCGACCUUGCUGCCACUCAGACACAAGGAGAGCUCGCAAUCGAUCAACCUGAAAACGCGGGUAAUUUUAAGCUGUGGGUGGAGCUUCUGCAAUAUCGGCAGCGCAUCGAUGGCUUUCGAGGUGUGUUGGAAGUUUGGAAGGGCUUGAGGCGACGAAGACUGGACUUACCUGUGCGAGGCCAGGAGGCGGACAUUCUCUGGGGAACAUUCAUCAAUGCGGGUGUUGAAAGCGACGGGCUCAGGGCUCAGUUUCUUCGUCGCGUCUGCGAAUACGCGGAGAACCUCGACGAGAGAACUUGCCUGCAGUACCCAGCGCUACACAAAUGCAUUGUUGGUCGCUUGCUGCGUGUAUCACCUCAGAGGGCGCCUGACUUUCACGAUCGGCUUGUGGCUAGUCUCGGUACGAUCCAUGUUGACAUUCGUUCUCUUGCCUCGGAUUGCGCCAAUAGUCAGGAUCACGUCGAGGCGCGGAAUGCCUUUAUGCAAAUAUACUCAAGGUCCGAGCAGGAACCUAUGUACGAUGCAUUCAUGACAGAAAUGCUGAAGUGCGAAGAUGAGGAGAUCAUCCUGAGCUGGCACAGAUUCUUCAUCAAAGACGGCGACAAGCCUUCGCUCGAGAUGGCUGCAACGCCUGGUAUACGACGGCUGUAUGAAAUGGACAACGGUGGCUCGCUGCCAGCCAGGCUCCGCAAACGUAUUGACAAGUUCGAAUCCGCCCGAGCAAAGGAAGAAAUUCUGCAGCAUCUACCUUUGACCCGCGCUAAAAUGUCCACGAUCGUUGGAGAUGUACAUGGGAUCAAACAGAAGGAACUAGGAGACAAUUUCGUUGCAAAGAUGUUCGCCACUCGAGCAUUCCCACUCGACAUGGUGAUCAAAGGCCUCGAGUUCUUCGGUAUCGAAAAGCUUGGGCCCCUGGCUCUUCGCGAGAUGGCUUUGAGAGCUGGCAGCUUUGUUGAAUUCUCCAACAAGCUCACCGUAGUCGAAGCUAAAGGCAUCGUACUCGACACUUCAGUGUACGGACGACUGGUGCAGAAGCUGACCAUGGACGGCUCGGUCCAGCUCUUCGACACGCUCAUCCAGAGCGACCAGCACCCUGAAUCUUACGGAGACAUUGAAACUCAGGAGCUGUUACUGGUCGACUUUCUCGAAAAGGAGGACUGGCUGAAUGCACAUCUCACAUUGAUGGGACUUUCGCUGUCAGGGCAGAAUGGACACGCUCGAGCUUGGAACCGCUUGCUUCAAGGCUACAUCAAACAGCACGAUUUCCGCGCGAUUGCGCGCACUGCGCAGCAAAUGCAAGCGGCGAACAUGGCUUUCACAAAGAGAACGCUCACGUUCAUGCAUCGAUAUGUCUUACCAGUCAGACGAAUAGGACGGGCUCCUGAAGUUUCCACCGGCAAACCGCAAUGGCUGGAACCGCUGCAGUUCACAACGAAUGCCUUCAUCUAUGCUGCUCAAUGUGGCGUGGCUGUCAAUCCAUUACUGUGGAAAGAGAACCUGAAGAGAUACGGUAUGCUUCACCGGUGGGAUGAAGUCGAGCAAUUGGUCCUCUGGCUUGUCCAGAAUUACUCCGCGAAGGCGCGGCCACGUCCGUACAAGUUGCGCGGGCGCAUCCGCGAGCCAAAAGGAGUGCUGCAGUGGAUCUUCAACAGACAGAUGCGAUUCGCGCUUUUCGUUUGGGCAUUCCGGCGAGCAUGGCAUGGGGUCAGUGACAGAUACAGUACGACAUUCCCACCCACCAGCUCUGUGACUUCCAGCUCAGGCCGAACUUGUGAGCCAUGGGCCAAAGGUCUCCUGCUGCUGAAGCGCAUGGGCGACUACGGGAUCUCCACCACGCCCGAACUUGCAAGGAAUGCAUUUUUGACGCGCAUGUGGAUACUGUUUGGACCAGCCGCGUCAACGAAUGGGUUGAACGAGAAGGUCAGACUCCACAACACACGGCCUCUGGCAUACUUUGUCAAGCACGCAAACGAAAUUUGGGACGGAGAACUCUUCGAUCUCGAUCCUGAGCUACUCAAAGUCAAGCCUCAAAACCAGGCCAGGCUCAUGGUCGCCAUCUUUGGCCGUCGACGCCGUGUGUCGAAGAUCCGGAGGGACUGGGCCGACGUCGAGCGUUUCGCGGAAUCGCAAGCUCAGCGGGGACAAAUAACGCAGUCGAGAAAUCGAGCUCGUAUUGCUAUACGGCUUUCAGCAUGGAGUCACAGCCCUUUCCGUCUGGUCAGAAGUACGGACUUGGAGCAGAAACGUAGGAGAUUUCGUCGCUAG